AUGGUGAGAACUUACAAGAGUCGCCCUGGUACCAGGAGAUACAAAGCAUAUGAUGAUGAACAGCUUGCUGCAGCAAUUGAAGCUGUUCGAACUGGGCGCUUGAGUCUAAGGAAAGCAUGCAAAGAGUAUUGCAUCCCGUUAGGAACAUUAUCUCACAAAAUUAACAAGAAAUACGCAAACGCCCCAGGUCGCCCUACUGCUUUAAGCGACGAAGAAGAAGCAAGUCUGGUAAACCACGUAAAAGUGGUGUCUGAGUGGGGAUUCCCAUUUGAUAUACUGGACUUAAGACUUCUGGUGAAAACCUACCUAUCAAAGGUAGGGAAGACCGUAAAGCAAUUUAAACAUAAUCUUCCAUCAAGAGAGUGGGCUUUCAACUUCUUAAAACGUCACAAGGGUCACCUCACUCGUCGCCUAUGCCAAAACAUAAAGACAGCGAGAGCCAAAGUGUCGUCCGAAUCUGUGAAAUCUUACUUUGAUAACCUCAAGGGCACACUUCAAAAUGUAGACGGUAGCCCAAUACCACCAACACAUAUUUUUAAUUACGACGAAACAAACUUGGCUGACGAUCCUGGAAUCAAAAAAUGUAUAUUCAAAAGAGGUGUGAAAUACCCAGAAAGGAUCAGAAAUAGCACAAAAGCCUCAACGUCCGUCAUGUUUUGUGGUUCGGCAGCAGGUGAAAUGCUUCCUAUUUAUGUGGUGUACAAGGCUGAACACAUAUGGUCCACAUGGACUGAAGGUACGCCUACCAACACACGAUACAAUCGUAGCAAAAGCGGUUGGUUUGACUCACACCAUUUUAGUGAUACAGUAUUGAAACUCGCAAAGGAAAACAACAUUAUAUUCACUUGCCUACCUGCAAAUUCAACACAUCUUCUGCAGCCCCUUGAUGUGGCCUUUUACGGACCGUUAAAGAGACUCUGGAGAAGUAUCUUGGAUGAAUGGAAAUCAAGUGCAAAGAAAAAAUCUGCCACUCUUAACAAAGACGAUUUUCCACAUCUUCUGAAGAAAUUGCACUGCAAGCUCUAUCCCGACGGGACUGAAACCAGUGCAAAUCUUGUCUCUGGAUUCCAGAAGUGUGGCAUUCAUCCUUUUGACCAAAGUAAAGCUUUGAAAGAUCUACCAGAUGCAGAACAGAAUGUUAAUAUGGACACUGAUUUAAAUGUCUCUGAAGCAGUGAUUGAUUUGUUGCAGACCUUGCGUGGAGUUGAUGAAGUGCCAAAACAAAGAAGGAAGAAAGUGACAGUUGAGCCUGGUAAAAGUAUAAGCUCAGAAGAUAUACAGAGUACAAGUGCUGGUACUGGAAGUAAUAUGUCUGGUAAUACUCAUAGUAUCAUGGACACCAGUGACGACAGCGACACUGACAUAUCUCUUUCAGAACAAGACGUAGUAUGUUCAGAUUCAGAUUACAGCGAUGCUGGAGAGACGGAACCAGGGGAGAGUGAGCUUGAAGGAGAAGACUUUGAUCAAGACGAAAGAACAGCAAUGAAAGACACAGAACCAAUGAACGGGAUGUUUUAUAUUGUCGAAUUUUGCGGUAAAAAGACACGAAAACACUAUGUGGGCGAAUUUGUUCAAUCAGAUAAUGGAGACUAUGAGAUGAAGUUUUUGCGCCGUUCUCAGAAAGCCCCAUUCACUUUUCACUGGCCUGAUAAACCAGACAUUGGAUAUGUUGAGAAAGUUCAACUCAAGAAGAGACUGUCACCACCAACUCAACUGAGAAGGAACAGAUUUGAAUUUUCAGGGAAAGAACUACGGUGCUACACUGAAAGUCUUCAGUAA